CAUCUUUCAAAAAUUGAUUUCGAAGAGGAAAGAAUCGGAGAUGUUGAAGACCGGUGAUGUUUCUGAUCGGCGUUCGAGGCUCGAGUGGGAUGUAUUCCUCAGCUUCCAAAGAGAGACUAGCCACAAAUUCACAGAGCGUCUCUAUGAAGUGCUCGUCAAGGAACAGGUCCGGGUUUGGCACGAUGAUGUGGAACGCGGGAAUCAUGAGCUUGGUGCAAGUCUCCUGGAAGCUAUGGAGGACUCAGCCGCCUUAGUCGUCGUCUUAUCUCCUAACUAUGGUAAAUCUCACUGGUGUCUUGAAGAAUUAGCCAUGCUCUGUGAUCUAAAAUCGUCAUUGGGUCGUCUGGUGCUACCGAUCUUUUACGAGGUUGAACCGUGUAUUUUUCGUAAACAGAACGGUCCUUACGAGAUGGAUUUUAAAGAACAUUCGAAAAGAUUUAGCGAGGAGAAGAUACAGCGAUGGAGGAGAGCUAUGAAUAUAAUCGGAAAUAUUCCUGGAUUUGUUUACAGGAGGGGGAGAUCGGAGAUGGAAUCUGAGGUUGUUCCGAAGCCGCAUAGGCUCAAGUAUGACGUCUUCCUCAGUUUCCGAGGCGCAGACACGCGCAAGCAGUUUGCAGGGCCUCUCUAUGAAGCCCUCAUGAAAAAAGUUCGGGUCUUCCUCGACGACGAUGGUAUGGAACGCGGAGAUGAGAUCGGUUCAAGUCUUCAGGCAGGAAUGGAGGACUCUGCGGCUUCCGUCAUCGUCUUAUCGCGUAACUACGCUAACUCUCGCUGGUGCCUUAAUGAAUUAGCUAUGCUCUGCAAGUUGAAAUCAUCUCUGGAUCGUCGGAUGUUGCCCAUUUUUUAUAAUGUCGAUCCCUCGCAUGUUCGCAAACAGAGCGAUCAUAUUGAGGCUGAUUUUAAAAGACACGAAGAAAGAUUUAAGAAGGAGAAGGUACAAGAAUGGAGAAAAGCUAUGGAAUUAGUUGGAAAUCUUGCUGGAUAUGUUUGCGACGAGGGCUCGAAUGAGGAUGAGAUGAUAGAGCUUGUGGUGAAAAGGGUUUUAGCUGAAUUGAGCAAUACACCAGAGAAAGUGGGAGAAUUCAUUGUUGGUCUGGAAUCACCUAUACAGGAUUUGAUGAAGCUGUGCAAUACUGAAUCCAGUUCUGGCGUCCAAGUCCUGGGACUUUAUGGUAUGGGUGGUAUUGGGAAGACUACCCUUUCAAAAGCCUUUUAUAACAAGAUUGUCGGAAACUUCAAGCAACGAGCUUUCAUCUCAGACAUUAGGGAAAGAUCAUCAGCUGAAAAUGGGUUAGUCAGUCUUCAAAAAACUCUCAUCAAGGAACUUUUCCGUUUGGUACCUGAAAUAGAUGAUGUUAGCAGAGGCCUGGAAAAGAUAAAGGAAAAUGUUCAUGAUAAGAAGAUUAUUGUGGUUUUAGAUGAUGUUGAUCACAUAGACCAGGUUAAUGCCUUGGUUGGUGAAACAAGAUGGUAUGGUCAAGGAACUCUUAUAGUCAUCACUACCAGAGAUUCUGAGAUUCUGAGUAAGCUCUCAGUAAACCAACAGUAUGAGGUCAAGUGCUUGACUGAGCCGCAGGCGUUGAAGCUCUUUAGUUAUCAUUCACUACGAAAAGAAGAACCAACAAAGAAUCUGUUGGGGUUAUCCAAGAAGAUUGUCCAGAUAUCGGGACUCUUGCCGCUGGCGGUUGAAGUGUUUGGAUCUCUUUUGUAUGACAAGAAGGAGGAAAAAGAUUGGCAAACGCAACUGGAUAAGCUGAAAGGUACCCAACCAGGCAAUCUUCAGGAUGUUCUGGCACUGAGUUUCAAAUCUUUAGAUGAUGAAGAAAAGAAAGUAUUCCUCGACAUUGCAUGUCUCUUUCUUAAAAUGGAGAUAAAAAAAGAAGAAGUUGUCAUUGUACUGAAAGGAUGUGGGUUAAACGCUGAGGCUGCUCUCAGUGUCCUCAGACAGAAAUCUCUUGUUAAGAUCUUGGCAGACGAUACUCUUUGGAUGCAUGAUCAGAUUAGAGACAUGGGUAGGCAGAUGGUCCUUAAAGAAAGCGUUGAGUAUCCUGAAAUGCGAAGUAGACUAUGGGAUCGUGGUGAAAUUAUGACCGUAUUGAACAAUAUGAAGGGAACAUCAUCCAUUCGAGGAAUAGUACUUGACUUUAAAAAGAAGUUUGCGAGGGACAUGACUGCAGAUGAAAUUGUCUCGAGGAAUCUACGCAACAAUCUGGGUAUCAACUCUGUAUUCAAUUACCUGAAGAAUAAAUUUGUAGGAUUUCCAGCAGAGGAAAAGCCAAAAAGUUCUGAAAUCACCAUUCCCGUAGAAUCUUUUGCACCAAUGACGAAGUUGAGACUUCUUCAGAUUAAUAACGUGGAACUGGAAGGAAAUCUUAAAAUUCUCCCAUCUGAACUCAAGUGGAUUCAGUGGAAAGGUUGCCCCUUAGAAAAUCUCCCUCCGGAUUUUCUUGCUAGGCAACUUUCUGUUCUUGAUCUUUCAGAGAGUGGAAUAAGAAGAGUCCAGACUUUGCGCAGCAAUAGGGUGGAUGAGAAUUUGAAGGUUUUAAUUUUGCGUGGUUGCCACAGCUUAGAAGCCAUUCCUGAUUUAUCAAACCAUGAAGCCCUAGAGAAGCUUGUUUUCGAGCAAUGCACGCUUCUGGUGAAAGUUCCUAAAUCAGUUGGUAAUCUGAGAAAAUUGCUUCAUCUGGACUUCAGCAGGUGUUCAAAGCUUUCUGAAUUUCUUGUGGAUGUUUCUGGACUUAAGCGUCUUGAAAAACUUUUCCUCUCUGGCUGUUCAGAUCUGAGUGUGUUACCAGAAAACAUUGGUGCCAUGACAAGCUUGAAAGAGCUUCUUCUUGAUGGAACUGCUAUAAAGAACUUACCAGAAUCCAUAAAUCGCCUCCAAAAUCUUGAAAUCCUUAGUCUAAGUGGUUGCAGAUAUAUUCAAGAGCUACCUUUGUGCAUAGGAACAUUGAAAUCACUGGAGAAGCUAUAUCUUGAUGAUACUCCAUUGAAAAAUCUUCCGAGUUCUAUUGGAGAUCUGAAAAAUCUCCAGAACCUGAGUUUGGUGCGCUGCACAUCCCUUUCUAAGAUUCCUGACAGUAUCAAUGAGCUCAAAUCAUUGAAGAAACUAUUCAUCACCGGAAGCGCGGUGGAGGAGUUACCUCUAAAACCGAGCUCACUGCCAAGUUUGACUGACUUCUCAGCAGGAGAUUGCAAAUUUCUGAAACAUGUUCCGAGUUCAAUUGGUGGAUUAAAUUCUCUUCAACAACUUCAGUUGGAUAGUACCCCAAUUGAAACUCUACCAAAAGAGAUUGGAGACUUGCAUUUUAUUCGCCAACUUGGGUUGAGAAACUGCAAAUCUCUGAAGUUUCUGCCUAACUCAAUCGGAAAUAUGGACACACUCAAUAGCUUAAACCUUGAAGGCUCUAACAUUGAGGAACUGCCGGAAGAAUUUGGCAAGCUGGAAAAUCUAGUUGAACUGCGAAUGAGCAACUGUAAAAUGCUCAAGAGGCUUCCUGAAUCGUUUGGAGACUUGAAAUCUCUUCACCGUCUGUACAUGAAGGAAACUUUGGUCUCAGAGUUGCCAGAAAGUUUCGGAAACCUCUCAAAGUUAAUGGUACUGAAAAUGCUGAAGAAGCCUCUUUUUAGAAUUUCUGAGAGUAAUGCUCCAGGUACAAGCGAAGAACCUCGUUUUGUAGAAGUACCAAACUCUUUUUCAAACCUCACGUCACUUGAGGAACUAGAUGCUCGCAGCUGGAGAAUAUCUGGUAAAAUCCCGGAUGAUCUUGAGAAGCUUUCGUCUUUGAUGAAACUGGAUCUGGGGAAUAAUUAUUUUCACAGUCUUCCGUCUAGCCUUGUUGGGUUAUCAAAUCUCCAAGAACUUUCAUUACGUGACUGCCGAGAGCUCAAGCGUCUUCCCCCUCUUCCAUGUAAACUGGAGCAUCUAAACCUGGCAAACUGCUUCUCAUUGGAGAGUGUAUCCGACCUUUCAGAGUUAACGAUCUUGGAGGAUCUCAAUCUCACAAACUGUGGGAAAGUGGUUGAUAUUCCAGGCCUAGAGCACUUGAUGGCUCUGAAAAGAUUAUACAUGACCGGAUGUAACUCCAACUACUCCCUUGCAGUAAAGAAAAGACUUUCCAAGGCUUCUUUGAAAUUGCUGCGGAAUCUGAGCUUACCUGGAAACAGGGUCCCGGACUGGUUCUCACAAGGCCCUGUCACAUUCUCAGCUCAACCGAACAAAGAGCUCAGAGGCGUAAUCAUUGCUGUUGUUGUGGCUCUUAACGAUGAAACCGAAGAUGACGACUACCAGCUGCCUGAUGUGAUGGAGGUUCAAGCCCAAAUUCAUAAACUUGAUCAUAACGUAUGCACCAACACAUUGCAUCUCCAAGGAGUGCCUAGAACAAGUAAUGAUCAACUCCACAUCUGCCGCUUCUCAGCUUUUCACCCACUGGUUACGAUGUUGAAAGACGGGUACACCAUACAGGUGAUCAAACGAAACCCACCAAUUAAACAAGGCGUUGAGCUAAAGAUGCAUGGGAUUCAUCUGGUUUACGAGGGGGACGAUGAUUUGGAAGGUAGAGAAAAUACAUUACCUGAGACUCAGCAAACCGUUUCUCAGAAACUUGCCAAUUUUUUCAGCUCUUUCGAAGAAGAAGGUGAAACUAGCUCAGAAGUUGAUUCUACUGUUACAUGAUCUGCUACCGCUGAGAAGUUAAGAAACUGCUGCACACAAACUGUUGCGACAUGGUGAUGUAGCGUGUCCAAACAGGAUGUGGUGUUUUGGCUGUUGUUUCCUAUUUUCAAACUUAUUUGCUUCUUUAAGUUCGUUCCUUCUAUGUUGUUUCGUAACCUGUGCUUUUAUAAUCAAU